CUCCCCUUCCCGAUUUCGAAAAGCAUCAUCGUUGGCUUUUCCCGUCGCUUCAUUCAUUGCGCAUACCCCCGAUACCUACCACGACAAGCCUGUUCUGACUCUCUGUAUGCUUUGAAUGUCACUAUCGAUGUCGUGAAAUGGUUACAGUUGGUGGCGGCGGCGGUUAUCAGCACUCCGCUCGGGUUCUCAACACAUACGCGACGCAUCUCCAAUAGACGUGACUGAGUUUGAUCUGAGUCGGAAGUAAAUUCAUCGACUGUCGCAGACUAAUUCACCAUGGCGCAACCACCACCACCUCAGGGGCAACACUACACCCCAGCCUUCUCGCCCCCGGGAACCUCACCGUCUCCAGGUGCUCCGUCGCCGAUACCGAAUGGCGGUAUUCCUCCUCCGAAGCGACAGCGCCUUUCUCCUCUCCCACAAUCUCAGUCACCGUACGCCUCUCCCAGCUUCGGUACUCUGCAACUACCACCUAAUCAGUCUGCUCCGUACAAUGCCAAUAACUUAAACGGUGUUGCGCCUCCAUCAACUCCCGGUCCUCCUCCACCACCACCUCCUCCUCCUUCGGGCACGAUGGGACCUCCGUCAAGACCGGUUGAGAAAGCCACGGACGCUGCUGAGUUGACUGACGUGUUGGCAUCAUCCGGAAUCGAUGUGCGUGAGGAAGAGGCCUUCCUGACCAGCAGCUACUCCGGACCAGGCGUUCAAGCGCAACAAGCUCCCCGACCUCAACAACCUCCCGCCCCGCAACAACUUCACCAUCAGCCACCACCCCCACCCGCCGCAGUCAAUACCUCAUUUUCCUCUCAGCCAUCGACCACCGGCACCGCUCCUUCUACUCCGAGUUUUGGUGACAACUCACAUUACAAACCACCUACGACCCAAGACUCGUUUUACACAGAGCCAGCAUCACAGCCACCCGCUCCUUUCAAAGACCCCAAUGAACCAACCCGAGAGGAUAGCGAAGCGGCACGACGUGCGCAGUAUCACCUACAGCACUCAUUCCUCUUGACCAAGGUUUUGGAGCAGAAGUUGCAGAAGCGAGGGUUUGAGCUGGGCGUUCGCAUCCCCGCGGAGGGCUUAUAUCACCCCGUCCCCGGUCGCCAGCAACCGAUCGAAGUGACGGGACCGGAUGGGUCGUCUAUUAUCCGUUCGGGACAGACAAUUCUCAAUCAAACUGGCGCCCCCUUACUUGAUAUUCUAAGCCUCAUGUCCAUUGCCUGUGAGGAGCGUCUGCGCUCAGUUGUGGAUUAUUCUUCUACACUGGCGAGAAGUCGCCGCGCACAUUCCCACGGCGUGGUUCCUGCGGACUGGAAGGAUGUGGCUUCUGCGGCUAGUGUGACGAAUGGGAGUGCGGAGAACCCCAGCACGCCAGCCAAACCCACGGAUCAACAAGGCACGAGAACCCUACUUGAAAAGUACCGCAUAAUCGCGGAGAAGGACAAUUAUAGUGAAGACGCUCGGGCGACGAAGCGGGCGAAACGCAGUGCGAGUGCUAUUCUUGGCGACGGUGUAGCCAGUCGAGCGGAGAGUGUGGAUAUCCCUGGCUCUGGAGCCUCAACACCUAUUGGAGAGAAGGCACCCAGCAUCGACAAGAAGGGGCUCACCAAGAAAGAAGCCAAGAAGUUGAUGGACGCGAAAGCCAGCGAAGCUCAGCAACAUCAGCAAUCUGUGGAGACGGCACGGAUGGCAACCAACAGCAUGCUUUCUGGGCGAAUGUUCGGAGCGAAGAAGUCAUAUUCCUGGUUGAAUCGUGGAUCGGCGGCAGGCAGUGGGUUUUCCACGCCAUCCCGUGUUAACACGGCCACGCCUACCGCCGGCAACGAAAAGGCUGGCCGCUCGGGUGAACCAGCACCGGCCCCCGCGAAACGACUGGGGAGCUGGCGGGAGGACAAGGCGAAGGGCGCUGGGAUCCAGGUUCGGGACAUUGUGUUCAUGCUCGAGCUCGACGGGCGUGGCCCUCGCCACGUGCAGAAAGCUUACUCGAAGGACGUGAAGGAGGAUCGAGCAGACUGAGGGGAGCUCUUUGUCACUGCGCAGGAUCGUGGUUUAUUUGGCAAAGUAGCUGAACUCGGUGGCGUUGCCAAUGAUGUUUCCUUCCCUUUGAUGCAUGCAGCGUCUUGAGCUUUUCCUUCUCUUUCUCAGUCCCUCGUUCUUGCAUUUCAUGUUUUCGUAACAACUCUUAUUACCCAUUUUCUUUUAAUCUGAUUGGGACGACGCUGAACUGCUGUGUUAAAAUAUGACCUACUAGCUUCGGGGGAAUGAGCCAAGGAAUGAGGGGACGGGGGGAUGAUGAUGUUGCUGAUGAAACCCCGAAUGACAGCAAAGAUGAAAGCACACAUCUUGUGUGUUAUGAAUACGUUGCAUAGCCUUUGUCGUACUGUACUUUUACUUUCUGAAUCAUAGCACCGAACUUCGAGGUCAUGAGUAUCAUGAGUG